AUGGCCAUGGGUGCAGCCCUAAUUGUGUUAGUGACUUUUGGGCUUGUUCAUACUCUUUUGUUCACGGUGCACCAUGCAGCUGCAGGGUCGGAGGACGCCAAGCCCGUCGACCCUGUGCCCAUUGACCCAACGGAGGGUUUUGUGGACGUACCUUUGAACAAUUCCAACUUCCAUAAUCUGAAACCCUACGACCUGGAGGCGAGCCAACGGUACAGCUUUGAGAAUGGCGUUCACAGGUUUUGGAUUUAUUCUACUGACAUGCCUCUCUCAAAUGGCAGCCCUACCCACCCUCGUUCCGAAGUCCGCAUUGAGGGAUAUUAUUUUAGUACCGGCAUUUGGCAAUUUGAAGGGUAUGGAUAUGUACCAUCAGGAACAUCCGGUGUAUGCAUCAUGCAAAUAUUUGGAGCACUAACUCAUCCCACAACCCUCAUGCUUAAAGUUAAUAACGGCACACUCACGUACUACUUGAGCAAUGUUCUCCAAGAAAAUAUAUAUGAUAGAUGGUUUCGACUAAAUGUAAUUUAUGAUACGGAAGGUGAAGUUACAAGGACUUUCAUUAAUGGGGUUCUUAUGCUCGAGGCCCCUCAUCGUCAAAGGUCAAUCCAUCAUUUUCAAUACGGGAUCUAUCAACAAGAAAAUGCUUCUUACUAUGGAGAAACCCGUUGGAAGGGAAUUAGAGUUUUAAAAAAAGUUGGUGAUAACUCUCAAAAAUUACCUUCCAAGAAAGAUAGUAUUCAUAGAAAAUUGUUGUAA